UGUCUGUGACUUCCGUGUUGAGAGGACCGAUUCAGUCGCUGCCGCGGCCUGCCGACGGAGUUUUUCUCGUAAGCAUCAAAGACUGGAGCUAGCGGAUAUUUGACGUAGCGGAUCAAGGUUGUCAGUCCUCACCGGAGUUGCUGGAGAGUUUUCAUCAGGCGCGGCCGGCAAUGUGAGCAGAGAGACGGCGAUGGCGCUGGACGAGCAGACGGCGCUGGUGCUGUCGCUGCAGCUGGUGGCGCUGUGCGCCGUGGCGCUCGGCUUGCUGCUCUACCUGGUGUGCCGCCUGCGUGCCGCCCCCGCCGACGCCGCCCCCGGCGCCGCCCCCGCGUGCGCCGCCCCCGGGCCUGCGCCGCGCGCCGUGUUGGUGACGAGCGCCGAGACGGCGCUGGGACUGCAGUGCGCGCUGCGGCUGUCGCGCCUCGGUUACCGCGUCUUCGCCGGCGUCUCGCCGCCCCCGGACGCCUACGACGCCUACGACGCCGGCCCCGGCGCCGCCCUCGCCAAAGGCAUCGCGCUCGCCGCCGAGUCGGAAGACGACGACGACGAUGACGAGGACGUAGACUCCUCCACUGACGCGCACAGUGAUGCCGGCGUUUCGCCGGAGACACAUACAGGUACGGUGCCGCCUACAGACGCCGGCUCUGAGGGGACUCCACCCACAGGCGAGGGGGCGGACCCGACGCCUCCGCCCUCAGACCCAGCGUCGCCGCUCCACACGACGCCACCAGUCGUCGCGACGCCUCCCCCCACCAGACCGGCGUCGUCCCGGGGCAGCCGUCGCUGGAGCGGCGUGCUGGGAGUGCUGCGAGCGGCGGCCAAGGCCCGCGAGGCGACUGGAGCUGGAAGGCUGGUGGCCAUCCCGCUGGACGUGACCAGGGAGGACCUGCUGCACGAGGCCACCGACCUGGUGCGCGCCCACCUGCCCGCCGGCGAGGACGGCCUGUGGGCGGUGGUGAACACGUCGGGGUCGUGCUGCCGGGGCCGCCUCGACGCCCAGGGCUCGGCGCAGUGGGAGCAGGUGCUGCGGCUCAACGUCGUCGGCGCCCUGAGGACGGCCAGGGCCUUCCUGCCGCUGCUCAGGCAGGCCAAGGGUCGCCUGGUGACGGUGGGGGCGAGUCCGCCGGGAGCCGGGCUGGCGGCGACGACGGCGGCGCGGUACGCGGUGGAGGGUGCUAGCGCCGCCCUGCGCCGCGAGCUGGCCCCCCUGGGCGUCGCCGUGGUAACGCUGCGGCCCGAGCCGCGCGCGCCCGGCCUGCCCGCCGAGAUGCUGUUCGCCGCGCCCAGCCUCCCUCGCCAGAUUCGCCGGGAAGGAGACACGGUGGUGGACAUCCAGCCAGCAGAGUACAAGUACAAGGAGAGCGACUUCUCGGUGCUGACGCCGCACGCCAUGAGGAUCCUGGAAGAGGCCAUCAGCGCGCCCAAGCCCCGUGACACCUACCAGCUGAGCUCGCACCGCAAGUUCCCCAGCCUCGGCGGUUUGGUCACCGUACUGAAGAAGAAGAUCAGCAGCCACAGAUACAAGCCGCAGAUCAUGUAGGCCCCCAGUGCCGGAUGGCUUGGGAUAGGGAAAGCCAAAGCAACACUCCACAAACAGUGGGCAUGUAGUCUAGACGCCAGUCCUACUUGGGAAGACGUUUCACUACAGCAUUUCUCACCAGAAAAAAAUUUCUUCAUGGUAAUUCCUUACCUACUUCACAAAAGUACUGAUAACUUAAAAGAUGUCCGAAUGACAACAUACUGCCGCUCUGACCAACAUUUCAGGUAUUAAAAUAGCACUUUAUUUUGUUUCCGUUACUGCACAGAUUAGGCCAUGAAGCCAAUUUGAUAUGAUUGUAUAUAAGAACAUUUCCAAGAGGACAUACAGCAUAACUGAUAUGAGCUGAAAGUCCUUUUUGUUGAGUUGAAAAUCUGCAUUAUUGAUAAAGCUUUCUUCAGGUGGUUAUCAACAGCCGAUAUAUUGGAAAAAAUCCUUCUUUUGUGGGUACAGCCAUACAAUUUUAUUUAUUCUCUAUAGGUUUUUGGCACUGGCUACCAUCUUCAAAGCAGGUAAUAAUAUACAACAAUUGGUAAAAACACAUGUUUUCUAAAUACAACAACAUCAAGUAUAACGUGUGGCAAAUUAUCACAUUGCUUAUUUCACUGAAUAUCCACUGCAGUAGAUUUAUACAACAAAAGUUUGCCAAUAUGUACACAUUUGAUCUUAACACCAAAUAAUCACCACAUGCUCAGUCAUACCAGGAUCUGGUUCCAUGCUCUGAAUAAGCUUGUGGUAGUUAUCUGCUAUUAAGAUGGAGCAUGUACAUGUUAUCACAUUUUGACCAUUUAAAUGUACUAUAUGUCAAUAUGGCAGCCAGUAGCAAAACUCACAGAGAAUAAAUAAAAUUUACAGUGUAUUGUUGAGUUGAAAGUGUGUAUUGUUGAGUUGAAAGUGUGUAUUGUUGAGUUGAAAGUGUGUAUUGUUGAGUUGAAAGUGUGUAUUGUUGAGUUGAAAGUGUGUAUUGUUGAGUUGAAAGUGUGUAUUGUUGAGUUGAAAGUGUGUAUUGUUGAGUUGAAAUCCUGUAUUGUUGAGUUGAAAUCCUGUAUUGUUGACCUGAAAGCCUGUAUUGUUGACCUGAAAGCCUGUAUUAUUGAAAGUCCAUAGUGAUGAAAGUCCGUAUUAUAGAAUUCUUCUCCAAAAUAGUUAUUUGUAGCUACAUUUCGGAAUAUACAAUGAGGUUGUGGUGAAAUAAAAGAUUAACUGUGUUUUCUGCUGACCUGUUGAAUGGACUUGAGCCAGUGUCAUCUGUCUUGUGGACCUGAGCCAAAGACAAGUUUCCCUCUACUAUAACAUAUAUUUGUUAUUUAUGGAAUGGUUCAACAUUUACAUCAUCUUAACCUAAGCUUAUCCCCACACACUUUUCUGUUAGAAAUAUUGUGCCAAUAUUGGAAUCUGAAUAGUCAUUCAGUACUAUUCUGGAAACCCGUUUGGUCUAAUUUAUCUGAAAACCUAGACCCCUCUCCUAGAGUAUUGUUAUUUGUUCCUGGUUUGCACAGCAUCAUCGUGGCGGUCAGUUUUGAUCCAGUUGUCCUUUUUAAUUUUGUGACUAAUGCAUCUUGUUUUAUCACAAAAUCGAAAGCUUUAUGGCAUUUUUUCCUUAUGUCGUAAAAACUUGAGUUAGCAAUCUCAGAUUCUAUCUUUACAUUCUGGCACUCUGAUUUUAUCAUCUAAACGUAACCAUUUAUAUAUUCUUAACAUUUGUUCUGGUUACUGUAUUCUACUGUUCGGUACUUUAACACUCUUUUAAGUGAUCACAUAGCUGUACUUUAACACAGCUCGUCAUGUGGGCGUCAGCAAGCUUUGACUCUGUUGCCUGCUUAUGAGCAGCAAAGAUACAGACGCUAUUCAUUAUCGGUCUCAGGUGAAGUAAACGGGAAGGGAGGAUUUGUGUUCAACAUUUCACAAAUAAAGAGUGUGGCGCCAAUAAUGACUGCUACAGUAAGGUGGCGAUUCACUUUGCGAUAUAAAACCAGUCAGAGUUACCACGAAUUCAAAAUUAGAAAAAUCCGAAUAGCAAUGCUUUUACUGUAAUUAGGUUAGAGUACAAGCACUCAUAACAUCACAGAAUGGCAAAAAAAAGCGAAGAGGGUUAGCCAGUCUCUACCAUUAAAGACGUGAUACCAAGCGUAUCCUGAACAGCAGUCGCGUAUUAUUCCACUUAGCUCUAUUAGAACGCACUGGGCAGUGUAUAGCAAUUCCUCGUUGUUUGUGAGGUAAUAGUCAUUUGAAAAUGGCAAUUCAUUCGAAACUGUGCAGUAAUGAAAGCAAUAUAAAGAACUGUUUUAAUCCUUCCAAUGACAGUGUGCCAGAAUAUUGACAUUCAGGCAAUUUGUGGUGACAGUGGGCAUUAUUGCGACUCAGAUUUAAAAGAUAUUGCAUAUCGUCGUAUUUCGAGAUAUAACUGGAAUGUGGGGAGCUGCUUUUGCAGAUAUACGACUCAUUGAUACCUCAUCUACUGAACGCUUGUAUAGCAUCAUACUCCAUUUUACUUCCAUAGCAUUCUUUUUUUUUUACAUUUGUAUAUAAUGGAUUGUGUAUAUACUGGGAUUGUAUGUCAUUUAUUGGCACGAGAAUAACGUUUAUGCAUAUAAAACACAUGUAACUAAUAUUCAGAAGUUAUAAUCAACAUUGUUUUUGGUGGCCAACAAAAUCAUUCACAGCUGUGGAAAGACUAAUAAUUGAUUAACAUUAGAUAUAUUUAUAUUAUAAUCAAUUAUAUGUCAUUUUUAUAUAUCAUAUCAUGUAUGAUAAACAUAUGUAUAUUAAAAGGUAAUAUUACAUUCUUUCUGUAAAUAACCCAUAUUACACUUGUUGAAAUGAGCACCUAGAAUUUCGUCACAUGUUAUGAAUGUGUAGUUGUAAAUUUUGUACUAACAAAAAUCGUGUGUUUUGAAAAUAUGUUGUGUCAUUAAAUA